UUUUGAAAUGCGAGUCCAAAGAAAAUCGCCGCAAAUGUGAAAUCCCAAUGAUUAGGAAGACAGCCGCCUCUUAUUUGGAAUCACACAUACGAGGAGAGCCGCUACGAUUGAUCUACUUCUGAGAGACGCUGACCCGAACCAGAGCAGCCGUCCGCCGGCUGGAGGGACAUCCUUUCGUUUGAAUAUAAAAGAUGACGCAGAACAGCACGUGGUGCGUGUUGAAUUGCGACCAGUCGCCCGAUUUUCUUUACCAUGAUGCCAGCACCGUUUACUUCACCCAGAAUCCGGCGGAGGACAGUACUACAAUAUCAGUAAAGCAAAAAUUUGUGUUGUCAUACUCGGAAUGCAAGGACCCGAUAACCAUGGAGCAGACCGUCAAGGUUUAGAAGUGGCAUGGCAAAUCAAUAAAAGUUGUGUAGAAAAAUAAAGUAGAUAAAAGAAAAAAACACGACACAGGUACCGGCAAACCCUACGAGUUCGAUGGUAUCAUGCCUCCGAAUACGAAGCAAGACGAUCGCUUCACCGAAUUCGAUAAGAGGUUCCUCGAUCCGGCCAUUGAAGCGAAAAAAUCCGUGUUUCUCUUCGGCUACGGGCCCAAGUCUGCGGGGAAGACGUUUUUGCUCACCGGGGGCAGCAGCUCCUUCGCGUUGCGCGGGCUGAUUCCGCGCACGCUAACCAAGCUGUUCCAGGACGAAAGGACAAAGUCCCAGCGGAUCACUAUCCUGUGUAAAAACGUCCCCACACCAGAGUUGUAAUGCAGAUUUGCAAAGACAGGAAGACUUGUAAUGCGCAUCCCCAUGGGAGCCAUUUCCAAUCGUGUUUUGGGAUUUGUGAUGCUGUGAACAGGAUGAGCAGAUGAUUCUGUGAUGCGGCUGCACUUGCUAACCUGCACUACGCUGCAUAGUGCAACUUGUCAUGCGUGACUCACAAAACUCCUAGGCUUGUGUUGCAAAAUCCCCAUCCUGACUCUGUGGGUACGUUUUUACUCAGGAUAGUCACGGUUUGCUUUUUCGAGGUGUACAAACAGAAAAUCGUCGACUUGUUGCUGCACCAAAACUCGUCCACUCCCACUAGUACCGACGCCGGGGACGGAGGCAGCGGGGUCGGGUGCGAAGUGAUCCUGCGGAAUGGCGGCGAGGUGGUCUUUAUGGAAAGCAAAAGUAUUCUUGUGCUAGUAGUGGCAUUACAAAUUUGCUCAGCAUGACAACUGGAACUUGUCAUGCUGUUUUACCUUGAGAACAGGAUUUGUCAUGCAUAUAUUGCAAUUAGUACGACUACGAGUGCGAUACUUUUGCGCAGGAUAGUCUUGGAUCUGGCGGAGAAGGAGGUUCGCGACGAAUCCGAUGCCUAUAUGAAAGCGUCAGGAUUGAAAUCGACAAAGUUGAAGUGAUUUGUCAUGCAUAAAAUGGAUGCCAGUUGGAACCCAGUUGCCAAGUGGCGCAUGACAAAUUUUGGUGAUCCCUAAAUCCAGUUUUUCAUGCGGUUUAGGCAACGAAGACCGAUUUUCUCAUGCUAUUUUAGCAACUCGAGCUCUAACGACCCCAAACAGGCUUACAAUCGGCAUCACUUGCCUGCUCUGCAACACACGUACCUCGGGCCAUGCAUUUUAUGCAUCACAAACUAUUUCAACUUUGACGAUUUCAAUCCUGACGCUUCCAUAGCCUACCACCGGCUGUUAUCCGAUACUGCAACACAACGUAGUGUUUCUGAUCCUCCUUGCUGUGUACUGAAACAAGCAAAUCUUUAUGUUUUGCAGCAAUCGAUGAAGGCAACUACACUAAGGGGAACUACAUAAAGAAGUCGUAGCUUCUCUCGAAAUUAUGUUGACAAAAUUGAAAGUCUCGGACACAGUAGAUCGCAAACGGAGCGGCUGUGUAAACCGCAGCAGCUUUAUUUCACACAUCGCACAACGGCGCCUCAUUCAAGAGGGACGCUGCUGCAUCAACAUUCGGCUUUUUGUAUCCGCAAAGCGAUCUGGAACACACAGUUAUUUUGUACCAAAGCGAUAACUUUUCUUCGGCGACCAGAACCGGCAUUUCGAGCGCGGUACGGAGACCAGUAGGGGCCACUGCGUUUUUCUGGUGAACAUCGAAGAUCCACCGUCAAGUGUAAUGAAGCCCAGCGACGUAGGAGAGACAAACAAUACAGAAGGACCUAUCCUGAGUAAAAACGUACCCACGCCAGAGUUGUAAUGCAGAUUUGCAAAGACAGGAAGACUUGUAAUGCGCAUCCCCAUGAGAGUGCUUUCCAAUCGUGUUCUGGAAUUUGUGAUGCUGUGAACAGGAUGAGCAGAUGAAUCUGUGAUGCAGCUGCACUUGCUAACCAGCACUACACUGCGGAGUGCAAUUUGUCAUGCGUGACUCCCAAAACCGCUAGGUUUGUGUUGCAAAAUCCCCAUCCUGACUCUGGUGUGGGGACGUUUUUACUCAGGAUAGAACCCCCGAAGAUCUCAUCAUCGUCAAAGCCGCACCGGUUCACGCUGUCCUUCGUCGACCUAGCCGCAGUAUCAACUGCAAAAAUGUCUGGGUCUGGAAGAUUCUGAGACUUGUCAUGCACGUUUUGCAUGGGCCAGGAGGUCUGGAAUGCGAGACCUAGCAUGACAGAUUCUUUGAGGUCUCUAUCAUGCCUUUCCUGCGUGAGAAACUCCCUCUCAACUUGGUCAAAAGCGGACAGCUUUUGGCACUCACGCAACACAGAUUUUUGCAUCAUUUAGAUUUAGCAUGACAAGUUCUAAUCUUCCAGACCCAGACAUUUUUACAUUUGAUACGCAGACGACCCGGACGCCUCCGGAACGGCCGUCGAUGCCGUGCGAGAGUCGCAUGCAGCGCUGCGAAGGAUGCUCGACGACAUGGCGAAAAACGAACGGCACGAGUACUUAAUCUUGAAGGAAGUAUGGAUUUUUCAGUGGAUUGAAGUGAGAACCAUAAGUGUGACGUCAGUUGUUCACAAGCGUACGCACAAUACAUAGUACAAAUUGUUCAUCCUCAAAUCAUGAUCUCACAGACCCAAGGAUCCGCUGUGCCUAGUGAUGCAAUCGCUCUUCGAGGAUUCCUCCAUGGCUAACGCGUGUAGCUUUCUGACGCUCCGCGAAAACUGUGGCACCGAGGUAUAUAUGACGAGGAUGAUUUUUUCAAAUUCAGGUUGUUCAUCUUGUCUAAAGUUACUCAUAUGCAAAGCACGAGACUUACACUUGUUGUGUUGUCAUUGUGAUUUACCGACGGUAAAACACGACCCCACGUAUCUUCCGUAUGAUCCAAAAAGUGAUGAGAAAAAGCGAAGUUUCUCACGAUGGUCAUAUGAGGCGAGAGCCCAUGAGUCCAAAUCGUAAAACCCAGCUCACUCUGAUAAAUUGUUCAAAAACACAUUUUUACUUCUGACAUCAUAAGCUAGUAUAUGAGCUAAAACCAGAAUAAGGAUGUAACUAUAAAGGUCGUGUACAUAAGCGUCCGCAUGAUCCGAUUGCAGAAAAUUUAUAUCCAGGUAAUCCAAAGCUGGUUGGAGUUUGCGAUGGUUCUCCGAAAGGCGAUGCGCAACCAAGCGAAGCGACGUAGAACCCGCACGGUUCACGCGACGUCGAAGGAUAAAAAUGCUGGUGCUAUAGGUGGUUCUACUUCCGCGACUAACCCCAACAACUCCUCAGAGGAACAGCACCAGGUAGUCCCUGCGAAGCACCUGAAGUCGCGGUAUUUCACCUCGCCCCCAAAAUCCCGGGGCAACCUGUACUAUGAGGGCCGCGUUGGCAUGCAGCUCGGCGGGGCAUACGGCGGAGUGGGUGGAGCAGGUGGCACUACGAGCGUCGGUGCUCGUAUGACAGCCUCAGAAUGGAAAUCCUCAAAAUGGAAACAAUUUGUGAUGCAUGAUAUGCAAGGCAAAAAAGACUGUAUUGCAGAGGACAUAAUGGAAGCCAACCAUUGUCCUGCUAGGGGUGAAGAAUUGGAGUGCUGCCGAGCACGACAGAAGGGCACCCCUUUGCCUUAACCUGCAUGACAGACAUGCUUUAAAGGCCCGGGAAUUUUGUCAUGCGCCGACUACAAAUGCCGCUUCAACUGGGGUCGUUUUUUUGCAUUACAAAUUAUUUCCACUUUGAGGAUUUCCAACCUGAGGCUUUCAUAGCCCGGUUGCUCAACCCACCAACAAGUGUUUUGACUGGCGUAGAACACAGCAGCAGUUCCUAUGGCGUUCUCAACUGUCAUAUUCUCAACUGUUACAUAUACAUGUACAUGAAUUUGUGAUGCAAGAAUGGAAAAAGUGAACGGGGUGACCUUGCGCGUCUUUCAUGACAGAUUUGGCACAGAGUCUGAGCCUGUUUGGCCCUCAAAGAAUUUGUCAUGCUAAGAAGCUUGAUUGUGUAGAUUCUGAUUGUAGGCUCAAGGUAAGCUCAAGGUAAGCUCCGUCGCGACUCCGGCUUACGCCCCCCGUCCCCCCUCCCACCCUUUGCUUCUGUUGCAGAAUAAGUCAAGGAGUUGCACUCUGACCGCCACGCAGAAACUAAGCCGUUAAGUUGUCGCUGUGCCCCAGGUGGGUUGCCAGUCAGCAGUGACAAACAACUGGCCAAUGGUUUGACAUCUCCGGUUCGCGGCACUUGCCUUUUUCGUCCGUGCCGCAGGUAAGGCGCAAAUGGUCCAGCCUCCCCUGUCCGGGUGGGGUUGCGGCUUAAGGGAGAGUCUCGCCCCUUAAGUAGCCCAAAGGGGUACGUCGUCUCUUCCGUGAGAACAAAAACUUAAGGCGUAAAAUGGGUCGGGUCCUGGAUCGUUCUGUAUGUUGGGCUGUCGCGCUCGGCUAGCUGGCCGGGCUGUACUGAUCAGGUGUGGUGGGUAGCUCCCGACUGGUUGGCACUUUUAUUGGGGCGACUUGCCGUGGUAGCGCUCGGCUUUUGUAUGUUGAGGUCGCCGAAAGUGCUUCCUCGCCCACCCCCCCGGGGAGGGGAUCCUUGACCUGUGGCGCUGGGUGCGGGUGUCCACUACAUGAUGAUGAUGAUGAUUGUAGUUUUGCAUGACAAAUCAUGUAACAGUUGAGAAUGUAACACUUGAGAGCGCCAUAGUUCCUCCUCGAGCAGUAGUAGACCAAUAGGAGGAGGUGCUCCUGCACAUCAAACCAGCUUUUUCAACACGAGCAAGCCAGGAAACAACAAGCACAGUACUAAAAAUAGACAUCCUAAAUUGCUGCAGCAUGGAGUAGUUGCGACUGGCGCUAGACAAGCCUCCGGAAUGAGCCGGAUUUUGUCGCUUUCUUCCUCCGGAGGUCACCACUCGGAGUCGUCUUCAGUGUCGGUCGACCCAGCACCAGACAACUCUUCCUCUAUGUUGAGAGUGCAGCAGCAGCAGAAAACCAGUUCGAAGCACGGCUUCGUUCCCCUUCAGAAGAUGCAGAAGACGAUUUCUUCCGGCACCGAGCCCAGCUCCGAGAUGGUUUUGUCAAAAUCAAGCUCUACCAGUAACAAUUCUGCGAUGAACCUGCACGGAACAUCAAAUAACAACAACCAUUCGAACGGGACCACUUCUAAUAUCGCUGGCGAGAUAUUAGCCAGUCGACCACCCUCCAUGACCAUGACAUCGAGUGCUAGUCUCCUUGGGGAUUAUAACGGAAUCACGUCGACACGGACCAUUUUGCCCGGCUCGGAAAGCAUACCAGACGAACAAGAACACGUCGAAGAGGUGGUGCAACAGCAGCAGCAAAACCAAAACUCUUUGUCGAGUCGUUUGUCCCCGACCAACACGCUGCUGGGAAUGAACCAAACGCUGAUCCAGCGCAACGGAAGUAUGACAAUGAAAAGUGCCCCCACCGCAGAACUUGAACUUUGGAGCAUUUGUAUUGCAAACCUUUCCAAAUGAAACACUCGCCCUCUUACAUCUACCAGCAUCACAGAUCUUCAAUCGGGAAUAGCAAAAACUUGUAUUGCAAAAGAUCCCAGCAAGAGCGGCCCUUGUCAUGCAAGCGAUGCUGUAUACGCCUAGACUCUGCAUUAGAGAGAUUCACACUCCUUUCAUGCAUGACAAAAAGUUUUCAUUUGGAAACUUCGCAUGACAAAUUAUUGCAACUUUGGGGAUGGGGGCAUUUUUCAUUGUAAUAGGAAGCGGCUCUUCUUCUUUCCAGCCAGCAACCUCGCUCUUGCAGAUGGAAGUGCCCGUUUUGCCCGGGUCGCAGUCGAGCAGCAGUCGGUCCUCGCCGUUUGAACAGCAGGACCAGGCGGCUGCUGCUGGAACAAACACCGAGCAGAGUUGUAAUGCGGUGGUAGUCCCCGCGAGGUCCAGCCUUCAUGUCGACGAGGCGAGCUUGGUGCAGAACAAGAAAAGGUCGCUGCUGUCCCCGCCGCCAAAUUCCAGCUCCACGGCAAAAAUUGUCAACACCAACCCUGGAGGUUCAUCCGGAAGCAAGGCUGCGGGCGGUACCAACACAGGCACAGUUUCCGCUUCGGUCCCGAAAGUCGUCGCGCCCUUCGUCAUUCAGCCGCCGAAAAAACAGCAGAACAGUGAAAUGAUUGCAGCGAAGGGGAGUGGGGCGGACCAGUCGACCAAGCAGCAGCUGCAAGUAAUUUGUACACGUAUUGUGCUGGCGUUACUUGAUGUUUUCAUGCGCUGCUGUUGCAGUCCUUUUUUUUUAUUCGAAGUAACGUAGGCAUCGGUUUCGAGAAACUAGGCGUCAGUUCAUUCGAGAAGAUUUCCAUGACUCUCUUAAUAUCAACGUUCCGUUCUCCAUACGUAGGUGCCACAAACGUCCUACUCGGUCCACCCGGGGACCAGAGGCUUACUCGCAGACCGGCCUGGUUUCUGGACGCCCAUGAUUCGCGGGAAGGAACUUCGACAGCCCGAGCCCCGCGCGCCGCCCGCGAUUCUGAGCCCGGUAGAAAGGAGGUUACUUAUCGCUUUCUUUGUCACAUGAAAAGGAGCAACGGUCGUGACGACAUCGUGGUAAACGACCACAGCAGGUUCUUCGUUUCGUGCAGCAUCAACAACAAACAGGAACACGCAACGUUACAAACCCAUGCGAAUAUAUAACGAUAACGUGCAGAAAAUAAAUUAUCCUGCAUCAGGUUGAAGACGAGCACGAGGUCCAGCGAGCGGGGCUUCUUGGGUUUCGUUCCCGGUCGGUACGGCCGCGGAUUUCGGGUACUUUUUCCGUGAUGGUCCCACCGAGGCAGCGCGACGCGACCGUUCCGACGUUCAGAACCUUUCAGCAGCAGCAUUUGCCCCAACAGGAAAAAUCUACCCGUGCUGGUGGCCCACCCCUCCGCAACGCGUCCCUGAAGCCGAGGCGGAUCAGCGGCCUGCAAACCGUGCCUGCCCCACCACCGCCGACCCUCGGCCCGACCGCGCUGCCGUCCGCGCGACCUCUACUGUUGGCCCCAAACACUUCCAGCGCGACCAGCAUCAGUGCGAAGGUGACGAGUGUCGUAUCCUCUUCAUCGAGCGCAGCAACAAAAUCCGGUGGUUCCGGAGCCGGACCACACCUCGCAACUCCGCUGACCCGCUUGAGCCUCGGCGCCGGGGCGGGAGCGGCAUCUGCUUCUAGUAGUGGGAGUCGUCUGGCUGCUCCAGGAGUGGCAGUUCCCGUCAGAACAGCAGCAGGGGCUGCUGCACCAGUGGUGACACAUAGUUCCUCGCAGCAGCACGGCAGCGCGAACCCUGCAGCCCCGGUGUUUGCGUUCGGUAACAGCGGAAAUCAAGCAUCAAAUGCGGAAUUUGCGCAGCAGCAGCACAAUGCUGUAAAAAUCUCUCCUCGUCCCGCUACCAUCAAGGACCAAAUGCUGGCGAAGCAGCAUCAACAUCAAACCCUCGGUGUGCCCGAGGCCGUGCGCAUGCGGAAGAAGCACAACGUUCCGCGCGCCGCUCCCAGUCCCGUGGAGGAGGAGGGCCCCGAGGACGCGAUGUCGCCGCCGCCGCGGACGCAGUCCAGCCUGGGGAAGGCAGGCAGGAAGCCGACCUACAGCAACGACUUUUCAUCUACAACUUCCGGGGGAAUUAUUACCUCCACGGUGGCGAGUAGUUGUACAACAGGCACAACUUCUACAGGAGCAGCUGCCAAGAACAGUGGCUCCAGCCCUACGGCGCAGUUUCUGCAGCAGUCGAUGGCUUCCUCUGUAGUUCCCAGUGCCGUGCAAAAAAUGAACAUUUCCUCGACGCACAUUAUACCGGCGGGCAGCAGUACGAAGAGGGGGCUUUUCAAAACCACGAGCGCCUCCGCCACCUACGCAACUGGCGCCUCGUCCGGCGGAGGCAGCGGAGGGAGUGCCGCGGCCGCGCGGCUGCCUGCGUUUGGCGCCUUGUCGGCGUUCAAGCCAACUUCGAGGCAGGUGUUGACCACCCGUCCGGGUCCGACGCUCGGUGGAGUGGUCGCGGCCGCGCAUCAGUAGAGCGCCCUACGAAAAAACCGGAGGGAAAGCAGCUCCUGAAAAUUGAUAAAUGACUUUUUAACCGCUCCUUGUACUUGAAUCUGACUUUUUUAUGAAAAUCCGAAUCACGCAAAAGUGACGAAAAGCUCAACAAUAAAUCUGAUGUCCCCGGCGAGAAUAAAGCAAAAGUAAAAAGUAUAUAUUAAGGUGGAAUUUUGCGAUUUUGAUAACUGUCGCAGCAGAGAGGCUCUGAUGACUUUCGGGAGGCAACUUCUAGUACAAGUCAAGUCGGACGCGUCUGUGAAGGUGUGAGAAGCCGAUGGAGGAAGAUAUCCAAAAGUAGAGAGCGGCAAUUUAGUUGCAACAAAGCAGACCAUGUAAAAACCGAGGAAAGAGGAAGAUAGGAAAACAAAACAAAACUACCCACGAAACGCUAAAAACUAUAUCAAAAAUUUAUGAGUUCGUAUUGCCAGUAUCACCAUGUCGCUCUUUCGGCGUUUGUCUUCAUUCACUUCACCUACUACAACGCUAUUGUUUCAUACAUCAUACUCUAAGCAAUGAUUUGUCUUUGUCUACAUAAAACGCGCCUGUCUAAUAUUGAUGUAUCAUGAAGCUCAACUGCUCUGCAGUUUCACGAAUUUUUGUCUUUACCACUUUGGUGUGUUAUGUAAUAACAUAAUGAACAAAGAAGAUACUAGAGAAAAUGAAAAAUGAAUUUAGCAAGAGCUGCAACUACUACCGCUUCUCUCUCGCAGUUCGCCCGCAGCGGUAGGGCGAAUCAAACUUUAAUGUUAUCCCACCUAGGCCCCGCGUCUAGUAGACAAAUGAACCCUUGAAUUUGAUUAAAACUUCGAGUCGCAGUGCGAUCGUUGACAGCGCAUAUAAAACUCGCUACCAGCCAAAGCCAUGAACGGAAAU